AUGGGCUGAGGCGGAGAGGACGACCCAGCAACAUUGUGACCCACGGCCGCGGAAAGAAGCAGCUACUGAAGACGAGACUCGGGAAUUUCUCGCCCCGUCCCGUCCCGCUUGCCCCUGCUCUUCUUCCUGCUCAUCUCUCUCCACCCCUGGCCCCAGCAGGCCAGGGAAUGUCCCGGUGGCGCGAUGCCUUACGUGGACCGUCAGAACCGCAUCUGUGGCUUCUUGGACAUCGAGGAGAACGAGAGCAGCGGCAAGUUCCUGCGCCGUUACUUCAUACUGGACACACAGCAGGGAAGCUUGGUGUGGUUCAUGGACAAUCCGCAGAACCUGCCUGUUGGUACAGAGUGUGUCGGCUCCCUCAAACUCACCUACAUCUCUAAGGUCAGCGAUGCCACUAAGCAGAGGCCUAAGGCUGAAUUCUGCUUCGUCAUCAAUGCUGGGAUGAGGAAGUUCUUCCUGCAGGCCAAUGAUCAGCAGGACCUCGUGGACUGGGUCAACGCUCUCAAUAAAGCUACCAAGAUCACUGUGCCAAAGGUGUCUGAUGGCCAGCAGAACGCAGAGAACCACAAGGCUUUGCCAGAUGUCGUAGGACCCAAGAAACAAGUCUCCUAUAAGACUGAGAUCAUAGGAGGGGUCCCCAUUGUUACCCAGACACAGCGUGAAGGAGGUGACGGUGCUGACAGAGCAGAGCGUGAAGCCAUGCAUCGCUCCCACAGCCAGCUGCCGUACUUCUUGGGCAGACCGUCUCAGGAACACACUGUCAUCAAGUCGGGCUACUGCGUCAAGCAAGGAGCUGUGAUGAGGAACUGGAAAAGGCGCUACUUCCUUCUGGAAGAAAACUCAAUGAGUUACUUCAAGUCAGAUUUGGAGAAAGAACCGCUGAGAAUGAUCCCACUGAAAGAAGUUCACAAAGUCCAGGAGUGCAAACAGAGUGACAUUAUGAUGAGAGAUAAUCUGUUUGAAGUCGUCACCACAUCAAGGACAUUUUACAUACAGGCGGACAGUCCAGAGGAGAUGCACAGCUGGAUCAAGGCUGUUUCAGGGGCCAUUGUGGCCCAGCGGGGGCCGGGAAGGUCUGCUGCUACAGAACACGGCGGGCGUUCCACAUUCUACCGCAGCCCCACGGGUCCCCCCGUCCCUCGCUCGCCCAUAUCUGCCAUGCCACCAUGCUACCCAGAGUGGGGGGCUGCUGUCACGUGCGGCACACGCUCGCAGCUUGGCAUGGGACAGCGAGCACUUCAUGAGCCUGCUGCCCCGGCCCAGUCACAGCCACACGCCAGCACGCCUGUCCCUGCAGGAGACGCGCCUGGCAAAGUGACCUGCGACCCACCUGUGACCAUCAUCAUUGACUCAGAGGAGUCGCCGUGGCGACGGCGGAGCAGCUUUGAGCCUCACAUGCCUGAACCGCCCCUGGAUCUGGAUGACGCUGACCUGCCAGUGAGCGAGGUCUGAGCCGUUGGACUGGAUGUUAAAACUUGAUGGAUACUGGCAGAGAUUGCAACGAUAAAGAGGAAACGAUGUGCAACAGAUGUUAAAAAAGAGCAGGCAUUGCCAAAGCUGUUGGCGUAUGACGGUGCACAACAUCACAAACUCAACUUUCGAGCUCCUCCGUCAGUGUGCAGGAGAAAACAGUUGGGUCACCACUGAACUGCACUUGUGUGCCAAAGAUGACCCAGUCUUCACCCCACCCCCUCUGCCUGUCUGCUCUCGCAUUUACAGCGCUGUAUUUAUUUACUAAGAGUUGAUGUUGACAAACAAAAAUACAAAUUUUAGCUUGUUUCUGUUGAUUGGAAAUCAAUGAGAGCUUAAUUUCAAACUGUACAGGCACAAUGAUGUGUUGAGUUCGAGAGGAAGAUUUUGUAAACCACUUUGUGCCAAGUAUAUAAGGGAGCUACUAAGGGUGCAAGAUAUUUCCUGAUGUUUGAAAAGUGCUCAAAUUGAGGACCGGCUUUUCAUCACAUCUCUAAUCUACUAAUUUAAACAGUGUGGUCUGUUCAUACACUCAUUAUUGUAACACUGGAUUUGCUGUCUGUUGUUGGGCAGAGGUAGUGAUUUGGGUCAAGCCUGGACUGAGAUCAAAUCCUCACUCCAGUGCAAAUUAAUAUUCAAAGAUCAUGGACUGAUUUUAGGACUAGAUAAAACAUACAGAUAUUUGUAUAGACCCAGUGUAUGUAUAAUAAUGUGAGACAAAUGUAUUUCAGCCACAUUCAAUUAGAUUUUUUAACCGUUGCCAAGACUUUUAUUUAAGUGUCUUUUGAAGAAGAGUCAUACGAGUCCUCGUUGAGUUUGUUAGUUGACUCUUAUUGACCACAAACUGACGUAGCGCACACACAUAACUUCUGCAGUGAUUCGUUUUAACUGUUAACCACCUCUGGUAUUAAAGUGAGGAGAACUGUGCAGAAGCGCAAAAGAAAAACAUUUUGAAAGCCAUCACAGUCCACGCAUCACUUCACAAUCUGAAUCAGCCUCUUUGCCAACUACAUUUCAGCGUACCAGACUUUGUGGACUCCUGUGACACUGGACAACGUGGGAAACUACAUAAACAAGAACCGACAGACAUACCCCUUGUAUGCUUUUUGUAAUUCAUAUUCAUAAAAACUUCAACGUCGGGGCUGGGUGGGUUAUUAUAGAUCAGCUCCGUGCUGUGACAGGCAGGGUAAUAACAGGUUCACAUGAGGUAGCUAAACCUGCAGUCCUUUUGUUUGAAGAUGAUUAUACUGUAUGAACACCAUGCAAACGUUUGGAAUCAUGUUUUAACAGAAACAAAAUUCAAGCUCAGACACUUCGGUUGCAUGUUGACAUUUUAAUGAUUCCUCACAUUUUUAUCUACAGUACAAACGCUCUGUGUGUUGUGUGUGUGUGUGUGCAGAAUAGAGCUGUGUGCAGCAGAUUUAUUUUUUAUAUGCUUCUAGGUGUUUCCUAAUAAUAUUCCUUCUACUUGUGUUGCCAAAGUUUAACAGAGUAGCAGGCAGCAGCCUCAUGGUUGUAUUUAAAAUGUCUUGUAGUCCUGCUAAACAGUAUACACUAAUCUUGUUUUGAUUUUUUUGGUUUUGUUUUUUCAAAUGCCUGAUUCAUUUCAGCCCAACAAAGCCAAGCUAUUUUAUCCCAUUUCGGUCUGGUGUAAUUGGUUUGAAUUGUCUCUAUUUAUUAUGUGGAUGAAAUAAACACGCUCAAAAUGUGA